CCUGCAUCCCGUCCCUGGGAGACAAGUGCAAAACAACUAUGUGCAUUCAUGAGGUGAAAUAACCAAAUCUCCAAAAGCUUGACGCAAAAACCCUUUCGCCCUGUGAUGCCAAAGUGACGUAUGAUGAAACGAUGACACAGGAUGGAAGAGACAAUAUGAUGAGACUGAUGAAUGGAUAGAUGGAUGGAUGGAUGAAGGGAACUGUUUCAUUGGGUGGGAAGGUGGGGGUGGAGAUCAGACUGAUUUUAUGACAUCACAUUGGCUCUUAUAAACUGAGGGAAUGGAGCCCUCUGCACUUCACAUCCAACCAGAAAACUGCAAGGAAGGGGAAGUGUGUGUGGAGUUUGAAGAGAAGAAGAGGAAGAAGCAGCAGCAGCAGCAGCACUAGAAAUCCCCUCUCCAGCCUCUCUAGUCAACUGUUUCUGACCUUUAACCUUAUGGACUAGAUUUCUCCUCAGGUGAAUUCUUCACUGUGGGAUUCUUAUUUUUUUUUGUUGGUUUUGUUUGUUUUCUCAUCAAGAUGCAGGCACAUUUGGCAUGUAUGCUUCUCCUCUGCUUUACAUAUGGUGGACUUUGUACAGUGAUAGACGUCGACCAGGAUCAGCGAGCGCUGGAAGAGGAGCUACUCAGCAGUCUCUUCACUCCUAAGAUGAAACAGAACAAGGAGAGUGCCCCCUACUGGCGUGUGUCGCUGGUGAACCUGUGCAGGAUGGUGAACGGCCUGCAGCGGGAGGCGUGGAGCGGCGAGGAAGAGGAGGGCGGAGAGUUGAGGGAGGGGAGCCUCCAGCUGCUGGAAGAGCUUUACAACCUGCAACUCAUCUGCCGAGUGCUGCAGAGCAGGGAGGAGAGGCUACUCCAUGACUCUCAAGAAUAUUUAGAGGAGAACAGUGACACUCCGCUGAAACGAAAAUCCCCCUACAUCCUGAAGAGGCAAGCAGCGCACACCAUCAAGUCCCGGAGGCCGUACAUCUUGAAACGAAGUACAAUUUACUGACAGCCAUCCCCGAGGCCGUUGUGACGUUUUAGGGGGACCAGACCAGAUACUUUCUGUGAAGAUGUGAUUGUGUUUUUGUCUCUCUUCUAGUAGCUGCGAUGUUUUUUCUUUAUUAUCCAAUUGUUUUUAUCCAGUCCGACCCUUGGAUUGUGUGUCCAGCAUUGAGGCCUGCCUGUAUUCUGCUCCUUUCCAAGUAUACGUCCUGAAAAUAAAAUCCUGAGCAUCAAGCUAAUUGUGUACCUCCUGAGAAACUAUAUUUAUUUACUCUAUUUCUUCACUGCACACUAAGUCUAUUUUGUUUCAGGAUAUGAUUAAAUGAGUCAUGAUA